CACCUCGAUUUGACAACGAAGCUUACCAACUUACAGUCAAACCCACCCUUCUGUAUCCUCAGUCCGGCUACUUGGAUCGUGGGACAACUUCUCGAAGCACUACAUCAUGGAGCGUGAUGCUAGACGGGACCGUAGCCAAUGGCGAGGCUGCCAUACCUUCAACAACAUUGUAUGCGACGGAGACCGAGUCGGAAACCCUAAGCGCAACGGAGGACUAAAGAUGGGGCAAACAUACUAUUAUUAUUAUGAGACGGAUGGGUCAACGGAAACGCAUGACCACACUAAGCCCACCACAAACAUGUGUCCUUAUCUGCCUGGUCAGACCGUCAACACCCUCGAAGUCCCGUUGGAACACAAUCUUUUAAGAGAGCGAAGUGCUUCCAUGAACUCUCUUCGGGGCACUGACUUCCAAACGAUGGACCCGGAGGAUAGGUUCAUGACACCACGACCAGCACCGCCAGUACCUAGUCUACCAGACCUUCGCGUUGGGUCAUCGCCAGCCAUGUCACUUGUUCAUAAACGAUCAACUCGCUCGCUCUCGCCUGCACCUCAUUGGACUGGUGCUGCUCGGCGGUUCCUUGGAAUCAAGAAGUCAUUCAACCGAGAUAGUGACACCGGUAGUGAGACUGAAGUUGAGAGUAAUUAUACGAGACAAAGUCGGCGCAUAACGCCGUCGGGAAGCAUUCGAUCUCGUGAUAUGUCCCCAGAAGCCUUGGAGAAGUUUUUGUCUGAUGAUCGGCCGACGUCACCCGCUCCUUUUGGGCCGGCCCCAAGACUAUUCAUACCCGAAGAGCUUGUCGAAGAAGUUGACGACGACGAAGAAAAUUUCGCGACAUCCGCGGUAUCCGAGAAUGCGCCAUAUACGAUGCUGUCGCCUCCGCCAUUCCAACGAAGCCCCUCCGCAUCUACAGUCAGGGGUAAUGAGAACCCAUCAACGGCAACCAUUGUUCCUAUGGAAUUUCCACUGGAAAAGACCACCACAUUUGGUUCCAUUAAUGGUCAAGAUAACACGGAUAGUGUCGAAGUGGCCCUGCCUCGGUCUCAUUUCUCGUUCUCGACAACAUCGUCGAGCUUGGCCUCCCCUGCAUCUCCUGCAUCGACUGGGUCUCGUGAUCCAGGCCAAUUCUCCUUCUUCGACGAGACGGACGAGGAUGAGGAGAUUUUCUCUAAUGGGGACGAACCAUUCAUUCUACGUGGUUCUUACCGAGACAACAGAAACCGCAGCAUCCCAAAGAACAUACACACGCCCAUCACGGGCUAUAGCCUUCCCCAGCCUACAUCGCAUAACAAACAUGCUGAGGUGAGCCACCUACCGGCGACACUAGGAUCACCGGAGUUAGUUGCGAGACUCGACAGUGGUGUGCCUUUGGGAAGUGCUAGUCUUCUCAGCCGCCCCAGUAUUGAUACUGGGUUCGACGAUUUAGUAAAUGACAUGGGCUGGAUGGCCGACGUCAUCCAGCCCAAGUAUAUCUAAACUUAUCUCUUAUACACCUAUUUACGAUAUCCUAUUUCUCUCUUUUGUUUUCACACAUCUAUAGACCGGGUAUAGAAAUUGGGCAUGUGUUGUCACCAACCAUUAGAAUAUUGGAGCAUGGGCUUCUCAAAAGUAAAGCGUUGGAGUUUACGAUGUCGUAUUAUUUUACCACCAUCUCCUGUCAUGGUAUUUUGGCGCUCGGUUGGGAAAUCGAGGACGGGUUAUUAUAUCCUAUACCACUGGUUAUUUACGCGAAACACGGCCGAUCAUUUG